CUGACCUCACAGAUUCAUCAUCAACAUCUUGAGCAAUGCAGUCUCUCGAAUUGAAUCUCAUAGUCGCGGCCACGCGCAACAUGGGCAUUGGCCUCCAUGGAACAAUGCCCUGGCAAGGUCUACGCAAAGAAAUGAAGUACUUUGCGCGUGUCACAACUCGGGUGCCACCACAGGCCUCCUCAUCGUCUAUCAACGCAGUCAUCAUGGGCCGCAAAACCUGGGACUCAAUCCCCACCAAAUUCCGGCCUCUGAAAGACCGUCUCAACAUUGUCAUUUCCCGCUCCGCACCCUCAAGGCUUCCCGGAGAAUUUGAGCCCUCUGAACCCGUGAGAGUCCAAUCUCUUGAACUUGCUCUUCAAUACGCCCGUGCUCAUAGCGACGUCGGUCGAAUUUUCGUCAUCGGUGGUGCGCAGAUCUAUGACGCCGCUCUCAGACUGCCAGAAGCGCGACGGAUCCUUCUCACGAGUAUUGAGCGUGAUUUUGACUGCGAUACUUUCUUUCCUGUCGACUUGAAGGAUGGAUCGUGGGAGAGAAAGUCUAGAGAGGAGUUGCAGGAGUGGACAGGUGAAGAGAUUGAAGAGGGUGGCCAGGAAGAAGCUGGUACAAAGUAUGAGUUUCAAAUGUGGGAGAAGCAUGAUUAGUUGACCAUACAGAGAUAAUCACAACAAAAGAACAUAUAUAUGAGGUGGAAUAUCAUCAGGGAAUUAUUCAUAUACAACCGUCAUGCCUAAGAAGAUACCCUCAUCCAAUGCCCUAUUCAUACAGCCCGCCCGUUCUAUUUUUUUUUGUCAUGUAACCCAUACAUCCAUCUGAUAGUACAAAUCUUCCUUCCGCGCUCUAGUUCGCUGAAGCCUUGGCUGUCUCCUCUGUUGAUACAGGCUCCUCCUUCACCUCCUUAGCAGGAAGACCAUCCUCCUGCUGUCCACCAAGUUGCUUCUCCAAUCUCGUCCAGAACACAUCCACCGGCUUGGCCAUAAUCGCCGGUAAUUGCGCAGGAAGGUUAUUAUCCGAAACAGCCUCGAACUGCAACAGUGUCGAUCUCAUCCAGCCCACGAUAGCAAGAAGAGCUCUGGGGUCCGCAUCAGCAGAACCCUUGAACAGGUUUCGCCAGAUGGCACUUGCUAGCAUCGCAUCGCCCUUGAUGAGACCCUCGUCGUAUGCUAGCAGAAGACCGCGCCACUGAACGAAAAUGUCCUUGAGGUAUCGCUGGCGGAGGGCGCUCGAUGUGAUGUGGUGAUCGAUGUGCAUCUUCUUCUCGCACUCGAAGAAGAAGUGGUCUGUGAGCUGGUGCUGCCAGUUUUGGAAGCUCUCGCGGUCGAAGCAGCGUAUUCGGGUGUUGAUUAGGUAGAGGUGAAGCAUGGUUACGUGGGACCAGGUGCUGAAGGUUGGAGGAAGUUUAAAGGCUGUGAAAGUUAGCAUGGGACGAUUCUUUGAGGUUGUUGAGAGACGUGCUGUGAUGCCAGGGACUAUCAGGGUUCAGAGAGUGUCCAAUCUCUUCACCAUCCUCCGCAAGCUGCACCUGAUCAUCUUUUCUCUCCUUCUCAGUGAUAUGAUAAUCCGCCGCCUUCGCUGAAGCCUUGAAAAGCUGCUCCGUCGCACCCAACACACGAUACGGCUCCGCCAUAGACUUUCCGAUACCCUUGAGGAGACUUCUCGAGCUCGUGUUGCUAAAGUGUCGUCGAGUAACAACCGCAGCGGGUGGAAGGAAAUUCCUCGUCGUCGGUGCAGCGGCUCGUGAUGCGCCGGCUCGCAUUGCAGCCCGGAGGACGGUCCGGGCCUGGGUUCGACAUGUCUCGCAGGCCAUGCUCAUCGUGAGAGUAUGUUCAAUAGGGAGAUUUGGCGUGAAGGGCCUGGGCAAGGCGGGAUGAGAGGCACUUGGAGUGUUAUCGUCAUGGACCCUUGGAUCC